AUGAAGCCAUCAUGUGCUAACAGAGAAGUUCUUCUACCUUUGUUCCACAAGGCAAUUUCUUCUACCUCUGUUUGCACAAGAGAGGUUCUUUUACCUCUGACGCUAACGGAGAUGCCUGAUCGCAAAGCCUUGACUAAUGGCAUUCCUCUUCUCACAAAGCACAAAGUAAACCACCAAAUGCUAACAGAAAAGUGGCCUAAGCAGACCCGGGUGAUUUCCAAGGCACUGGCUUCGCGGUCUUCACUGAGUGGGUGGAUACUACACCCAAGAGGGUCUUGCCCUAAUGGCCUGUACUCAGUGAGUAAUGACUCAAGAAAAAAGAAGAAAAAGGGAAAGAAAUCAACAAGUAAACCUAAUCAAGUAGUUUAUGAAGUUCCAUCUUUGAUGAAUGAUGUUUUAGGGGAGCAUUAUGACAUCGCCGCAGAAGUUGACCAUAAAAAGUUAGGUGAGGAGCCUGGCACUGCAUCUGCUACUUUACAAGAUGAACGUGCCACAAGUCUUCUGGAGGUCUCUACAAAAGAGAAGCAGUUUGAUAUCAUCCCAGGAGCAGACAAUGUCAAUGUAGUGAGUAAUGAGAAGAAUACGAAUGAAAAUGCUUCUUUGGAUGGUUUAACUGCCAAGCCUACAGAUGAUGUCCAUGUAGUGAGUAACGACGCAGGAAAAAAGAAGAAAAAGGGAAAGAAAUCAAAAAGUAAACUUAAUCAAAUAGUUUCUGAGGUUCCAUCUUUGGGGAAUGAUGUUUUAGGGGAGCAUUAUGGCAUCACUGCAGAAGUUGACCACAAAAAUUUAGGUGAGGAGCCUAGUUCUGCAUCUGCCCCUUUACAAGGUGAAUGUGUUAUAACCCCUCUGGAAGUCUGUCCGAAAGAGAAGCAAUCUGGUAUCAUCCCAGGAGCAGAUGAGAUCCAUGUAGUGAGUAAUGACAAGAAUAAAAAUGAAAAUGCUUCUGUGGAUGGUUUAACUGCCAAGACUACCGAUGAUGUCCAUGUAGUGAGUAACGAGACAGGAAAAAAGAAGAAAAAGGGAAAGAAAUCAAAAAGUAAACUUAAUCAAGUGGUUUCUGGGGUUACAUCUUCGGGGAAUGAUGUUUUAGGGGAGCAUUAUGACAUCACUGCAGAAGUUGACCAUAAAAACUUUGGUGAGGAACCUGGCACUGCAUCUGCUCCUUUACAAGGCAUAACUCCUCCAGUAAUUUCUACAAAAGAGAAGCAAUUUGAUAUCGUCCCAGGAGCCGAAAAACAUGCGAUCCCAGUAUUAGAUGUCGAAAAUAAAAGUAAAGCAUCUGUAGAGGAAGCGCCAAGUGCAGCAGACAAAAUGAGAAAUUCAAAGAGUCGUUGUCCUGCAGAUGCUAAAGGGAAUGUUUCUCUUGCUGUGGGAGAGCCCUUUGAUCAGCAAAUGGAUGUUCGUGAAUCUGGGCAUAAGAAUUCUGCGCUUAGUUGGGGUGGAGGAGCUGCAGAAGAGAAUACAGCCUCAAAGAAAAGCACAUUUAAGGGUUUGCUUGAGGUUCAAACCUUAAUCUGA